UUCAUGGUCUACUGAGUUAACUCGGAGAGUCAGUUUCUUUUUCUUUUUUUUUUUUUUUGUUUUGUGCGGGGUUCAACGGGCCGGCAUUGUGGAUUAUUGUUUGUUAAUCCGUGUGUUUAAGUAAUUAAUUAGGGAUUUAUGCGAUUAAUUAAUUUAAUUAAAGGAGCAGUUAACAGUUUUGAAGGAUUUAAAAAAAUAAAAAAAAGGCGUGGUGGUUUGGCAGGAAAUGGUUUUCGAGAACUUUAAUGUGCAGGCGGGGAAUGAUGCAUCAGGAGUGCCAACAGAUAUGUUGACGCUGAAUUCGACGGUCAGGAUCUUAUACAGAAAUCCCGCCACAUUCUUCGCCGUACACGUCACGUCUACGCCCUUGGAAAUUCACUAUUUCCAGCUGAGGCUUGCCUCCGGACAGAUGAAAAAGUUUACCCAAUCAAGGAAGACGCAGAGGAAGAUAACAACAGUGGUGGAAGGGCAGCAGGUGCCCUUAUAUGGUGGGGUAGGUGUUCUUUCAAAUGGUAGAGAGCACCUUGAGAAAGUAUCUUUGCCAUUGAACCUGACAUUCGUAAUCAGAUCCAGAGCGUACAUUUUGGGAAGACUGGUGAAAUCAAAGUUCUACAGCCGUAUCUCAUGCUCUGUCACUUUAAAAGGUAACAGGCUCGGUAAGCCAAUCAAUUUGAACCAUUCAUGUCUAUAUCAGUGACGAUGAGGAGUAGACAUCAGCUUUCUACUGGUUUUCAAUUCGUCUGCUUACUAAUUUUGUAUACUUGUAUUUCUUGUGGAUGUUUUGAGAUGAAUUUGAAUGUAAAUGGUGGGAGUUAAAGAAGUAUAUAUCUGGUAUUUAUUUCA